AGGGGCCCGGGAUGUGCCGCACACGUGGGCCGGAUUGGUGGCCAGCAGUGGCUGUUUUUGGGCAAAGGGUGCUAUAGCCAGGAGACGGUGGUUCACGAGUUGAUGCAUUCCGUGGGCUUUAUUCACGAACAGUCCCGUCCGGACAGGGAUGCCCAUGUUCAGAUCAUGUGGGAUAACAUCAAGGAGGGUGCAAAACGCAAUUUCCGCAAACACACGACCGACUACCUGGCCGACCACGGCUUCGAGUACGACCUGAUGUCAGUCAUGCACUACAGACAGUACGCCUUCUCCAAGAACAAGAAGCCAACGAUAGUGGCCAGACGUCCGGUGCCGUACCUGAGGUGUAGGGGCCACGAGUGCCCGUCCGAUCUGGACGUCCGUAAAAUCAAUUACCUCUACAAAUGCAAGAACGGAAAGUCAGGCUAUUAUGGGUCGGACGAUAAGGGGGGAAAACAGCAGAAUAAGUACCAGGAUAAGUUUGGCAACAAUAUUGGCAAUAAUAUCGGCAAUACUAACGAAUACGACAAUAACGUAAUGAUCGGGGAGAAUUUCUACGAAAACCUACCGUUCCCUUUCAACACCGAGUCGGUGACCACUGAACACCACGAAGACUUCAAUGACUAUACGGACAGUAGUGAUGAGCCCUGUUAUGGGGAGCACUGUUACCAGCACUACGACCCCGAUAUCGACACCCAUAUGGGCUACGAGAGUCGACCGGCCCAGACAACUGUCCACUUGCGGCCCCAGUUUGUGGACCGCAAUUACGUUUGGUUUAGUUCACUGAAUCACUGGUAG